AUGGGUGACCUUUCCCGAAGUCCUCUGCGAAACCGUGUUAACCAACUCGACUCGGUUUUCGAGUUCCCUUACGAAUUCGACUCACCCGCUUUCUCGCCUGGUUUCACCUCCCUGGGAUACUCCACAGAGACGGAAGAUGAGAGCAGCGACGACGAAGAAGUCUUCCUCGCCAGUUUGACUUGCCGACUCACUCCCUCGACUCAGGAUGCACUCUAUUUUUCUUUCUUUUUUACUAUGCAAUUAGGGUCUGACCCGCACCCUGCACAGGAUGAUGGUUUCUGGAUUUGUAUUUUUUAA